UUGAAGGCUCUCCCGCCGCAGUGGGAGGAAGUUGAGCCACAGGGCGAGCUCACAGCCGCGUUAACGAAAACAAGAGAAAAACACGAAGAAGCGGGGCUACCAGGGGACAAGCACAGUACCGGACAUCGUGAGCCCCAUAGAGAGGACAGACUCCCCCCACCCAGCACUCGCAGCGACACCCGGACACUGAGGCGGCUGCACCAGCCCGGCUAGCCUUGCAGGAAGGAGUCGCCCGGAGCUGGCGGAGCACGACGACCCGAACCCCCUAGUCUGUUUGUGGAGCUCAGUGCUGUCGGCGCGGGACACUUAAGCGCCACAUCCGGCGCGACCUCCCCGCCGUUCCCUGCCUUAGUUCGUGUUUUGUUUUAUUUUUGCUUAGUUUGUCCGCCAUUUGGCUCCAAAGUUCCGAGUGCUGCUGGCGCCCCCUCCCCUCCCCCCUCCUCCUCCUCCUUCAGCGUCACUGGCAGCCCCCAGGCAGCCCUUCGCGCUGGCUGCCCCGGCGACGAAGCUCCCCGAACGCUCGGCCUAGCUCGGCGAGCAGCGGUGGAAGCUGCGGGGGACACUUUUAAGACACUUGAAAGGGCCAGUGUUUUUUUUUUUUUUUUUUUUCGGUAGUGGGCAGCCGCAACCUGACUCCGAGCUGCCGGCUAGCAGCUAGCUCGCUAGCCUGUUAGCUCAGCAGCUAGCCGCAUGCUAGCUAGCAAAGCAAACAUCGACGUUCGCCUUCUGACGUGAUCUCGCGUCGCGUCGCAGAGGGACUUUGCCUCCGGUGCUCCUCAGUCCGGGAGCACACAACACCACACCGUUAGUGGCGGCAAGGCAGCUCGCUCGGCGGUCUGCGUGGCAUGCAAAAAGGAGGCUCGCUAGCUUGGAAGACAUUUGCGUCGCUCGCACACACCAGGACACUUUUGCCGGAGGAUUAGUCUCACCUGCCGGGGACACCUUUGCCGCCCUCGUUGACAUUGUUCCCAGGGACGGAUGCUGCAUCGGGGCGACAGGCCGUCCGAGGGAGCGCGCACGACUGCUGCCUUUUUAAAUGGGAUUAGAAGACCACCGUUGAAUCUUUGAUUAAAUGGGAUUAAAAGGGCACCAUUGAACUGUUCUCUCUUGCAUUAAACACAACGAUGACAGUCUGAGGACACUGCCUCCCCCCCCCAGCACCCACCCUGCGCCCCCCCACCCCGGGACAUUGAUGGUGGUCACAUCUGGCGGAGGACCUCCGUGUUUUUGAAGCCCGUUCGCAGCCGCUGAGAAAGAUGGCGGACCUGGAGGCAGUGCUGGCUGAUGUCAGCUACUUGAUGGCGAUGGAGAAGAGCAAGUCCACGCCUGCAGCCAGAGCCAGCAAGAAGAUCAUCCUGCCCGAGCCCAGCAUCCGCAGCGUGAUGCAGAAGUACCUGGAGGAGCGCGAAGAGCUAGCGUUCGACAAGAUUUUCAACCAGAAGAUCGGCUUCCUGCUCUUCAAGGACUUCUGCAUGAACGAGAUCGACGAGGCCGUGCCGCAGCUCAAGUUCUACGAAGAAAUUAAAGAUUACGAGAAGCUGGACUCUGAGGAGGAGAGGCUGAGUCGCAGUCGGCAGAUCUACGACGGCUACAUCAUGAAGGAGCUGCUGUCCUGCUCGCAUCCGUUCUCCAAAAAAGCUGUGGACCACGUGCAGAGUCAUUUGGCCAAGAAGCUGGUGCCCCCGACCCUCUUCCAGCCUUACAUCCUGGAGAUAUGCGACAGCCUGAGAGGGAAGAUCUUCCUCAAGUUCAUCGAGAGCGAUAAGUUCACUCGCUUUUGCCAGUGGAAGAACGUGGAGCUCAACAUACACCUGACCAUGAACGACUUCAGCGUGCACCGCAUCAUCGGCCGCGGCGGCUUCGGCGAGGUGUACGGCUGCAGGAAGGCCGAUACGGGCAAGAUGUACGCCAUGAAGUGUCUGGACAAGAAGAGGAUCAAGAUGAAGCAGGGCGAGACGCUGGCGCUCAACGAGAGGAUCAUGCUGUCGCUCGUCAGCACGGGGGACUGUCCCUUCAUCGUGUGUAUGACGUACGCCUUCCACACCCCCGACAAGCUCUGCUUCAUCCUGGACCUCAUGAACGGCGGCGACCUGCACUACCACUUGUCCCAGCAUGGCGUCUUCAGCGAGAAGGAGAUGCGCUUCUACGCUGCAGAGAUUAUACUGGGCCUGGAACACAUGCACAACCGCUUUGUGGUGUACAGAGACCUCAAGCCAGCUAAUAUCCUGUUGGACGAGCACGGCCACGUUCGGAUCUCCGACCUGGGCCUGGCCUGCGACUUCUCCAAGAAGAAACCUCACGCCAGCGUUGGUACUCACGGCUACAUGGCUCCAGAGGUGCUGCAGAAAGGGACGGCGUACGACAGCAGCGCCGACUGGUUCUCUUUAGGAUGCAUGCUGUUCAAGCUCCUCCGAGGGCACAGCCCCUUCAGACAGCACAAGACCAAAGACAAACACGAGAUUGACAGGAUGACUCUCACCAUGAACGUGGAGCUGCCCGACUCCUUCACGGCGGAACUGAAAGAACUUCUGGAAGGUCUCCUGCAGCGUGACGUGUCCAAGAGGCUGGGCUGCCAGGGCCGAGGAGCGUCAGAGGUGAAGGAGCAUCCUUUCUUCAAGGGUAUUGAUUGGCAGCAGGUGUACCUGCAGAAGUACUCGCCGCCUUUAAUCCCGCCCAGAGGGGAGGUCAACGCCGCCGACGCCUUCGACAUCGGUUCUUUUGACGAGGAGGACACCAAGGGCAUCAAGCUACUAGACAGCGACCAGGAACUCUACAAGAACUUCCCUCUGGUCAUCUCCGAGCGCUGGCAGCAGGAAGUGGCGGAGACCGUCUACGAGGCCGUCAACUCGGACACGGACAAGAACGAGGCUCGCAAGAGGGCCAAGAACAAGCAGCUGGGCCACGAGGAAGACUACGCCCUGGGGAAGGAUUGCAUCAUGCACGGAUACAUGCUGAAGCUGGGCAACCCCUUCCUCACACAAUGGCAGCGCCGCUACUUCUACCUCUUCCCCAACAGAGUGGAGUGGAGGGGGGAGGGGGAGUCACGGGAAACAUGGCUCAGUCGCUUGAAGCAGCACAAAGACGCGCAAAACCUGCUGACCAUGGAGCAGAUCGUGUCUGUGGAGGAAACGCAGAUUAAAGACAAGAAAUGCAUCCUGCUGCGCAUCAAAGGGGGGAAACAGUUUGUGCUGCAGUGCGAGAGCGAUCCAGAGUUGGUGCAGUGGAAAAAGGAGUUGACCGAUGCAUUCACUGAAGCUCAGAAAUUACUGCGUCGUGCACCCAAGGUCAUCGGGAAGAGUCGCACUGGCGUGGUGGAGCUCUCCAAACCCCCCCUCACGCACCGCAACAGCAACGGCCUGUGAACACACACACACAUGCAUACACACACACACACACACGUACACACACACACACACACACACAUUAUGACCAAUCCUAGUUUUUCCCGCCAUGGGACCUUGCCAGUCAUGGACAGGAAGCAGCAUGUGACCUGCAUGAACCUGAGGGGGGCGCUCUAAGGACUCAAAGCGCUCGUUAGCGAGGAAUGCUAACUCCCCCUCCCCCCCCCUCCCUCAGUGUGGAACGGACGUGCUAAAGUGCCAACGCCGACGUUUACUCCAGUCGAGGAACAUGAAGCGCACGGACUCCUCUGAUUGGCUGCCGCAGCCGGUCGGCAUAGAGACUGACAUUCCAUUGGCGGACCAGCCGGUCGCUAUGGCAACCAGUCUUCUCCGAGUGUGCGGGGGGUUGUACAUAUUGUUUGUGUUUUAGUGUUUGCAUCAUGGCCGCCUGGGAGGGAGGGAGGGAGGAAAAGGGGGCGGGGCUAAGGCAGGAAGUCAGUCGGCCCCCGUGGCAACGUCGCCCGCAUCACUCGGAGGCGUGGCUUCGCACAGGAAGUGCGAGCUUUGCGCGGUUGUCUGUGAGUGACGCGCACGCCGCUCUGCAAGCUUCUAGAACAUUCCGCCAUCACAGAGAGGGGAGGGGCUAGUACCGGGGGAUCAGCGUUAGUGUGCUUCAUUGUUUGUCCGUAGCCUUUCGGCAAAGGGGCGUGGUCUCUUAGAGAAAUGUGGUCACCGUUUCCAGGUGUCUUUUAUUUUUUUAUUCUUUUCAUUUGCGUGGGUUCUUGCACCUUUUCCAGCGCCAUGUGUUACUCGCUAGUCUCAAUGUGCCAAACAACUGUUGCCGAGAGGGGGGCGGAGCCAGCGGACGCCUUACUUGCGGCCGUGUCGCGGCGGCGGAAGGGAAGAAAACUGUGAGCUAAAGAGACGUGCACGCUCGCCAUGAAGUAUAUGAGAAAUAUAAGAGAAAUAUAUGUGUAUAAGAAGACACCCAGCUUUAGCUUUAUUUAAAAGAUGUAGAAAACAACUUUGGGGAUUUUAUUGUCAUUAUUUUCAGUUGUUUGUGGUGAACAAUCUUGCACAUAAAGACUUGAAAAAAACGAA